CGUCGCGGCCUCCGUCAGACUGUUGAUGUUGUGGACUGAUCGGCCGGAGAACGGGAAGACGGAGACGCGUUUUGUUUUUGUUCAACUAAACCGUCGAAAAGGAGCCGAGUCGUCGCUUCUGUCGCCUGUUUCGGUUCGUUAAGAGCCUUAGCUCGGUGAUUAGAGCCGAACGGCCGGGCCGGAGGACGAACACACCGAAACAUUUGAUCCAGAAAGGGAGGACUCGUCACCCUCUGACCCCCUCCCUGCCUCCCUCACACGCUCACCACCAUGACAAUUCUCCCGAAGAAGAAGCCCAGCUCCGGGGUCGGCGUCUCGGACCACGCCGAUGACAGCGACCGUCGCAGCGGCUCCGACCCGCACCAGCACCCGCACCCGCAUGCGGGGCGGACCGGAGCUCGGCCGAGGGCUUCGCCUCCGCCGUGGUCCUACCAGCCCGCUCCGCCCUCCGCCAGGGACGACAGGCGGAGCAUCGAGGCGAGCUCCCGGCCGCAGCAGGCCUCUCCGCCGCCCGUCGGCUCCGUGUCUCCGGUAGGGCCGGGAGACGGUCGGGACAGCAGCGGCGGGAUGGUGGCCGGAUCCCGCGGGGAGCUCGUCGUGUCGGCCGGCGUCGUCGGCUGCGGCGGAGGCAUCGGCAGCUGCUGCUCCGGGCCCGGACUGAGCAAGAGACGGCGGCAGGCAGGCACCUGCUCCGGCGGGGUGGUGGCGGCUCUGGCCGGCGGAGGCCAGCCCGGGGUGACGGGGCCGGGAGGAGUGGGGUCCAGCCAGGACACGGAGGAAGGAGCCGGGAACAACAGCGAGGACGAGUACGAGAACGCCGCCCGGCUGCAGUCCAUGGACCCGGCUACCGUGGAACAGCAGGAGCACUGGUUUGAGAAAGCUCUGCGGGAGAAGAAAGGCUUCGUCAUCAAGAAGAUGAAGGAGGAUGGAGCGUGUCUGUUCAGAGCCGUGGCUGAUCAGGUGUAUGGAGAUCAAGAUAUGCAUGAAGUGGUCCGGAAACACUGUAUGGAUUACCUGAUGAAGAACGCCGACUAUUUCUCCAACUACGUGACAGAGGACUUCACCACAUACAUCAACAGGAAGAGGAAAAACAAUUGCCACGGCAACCACAUCGAGAUGCAGGCCAUGGCCGAGAUGUACAACAGACCGGUGGAGGUGUACCAGUACAGCACAGAGCCAAUCAACACGUUCCAUGGCAUCCACCAGAACAACGACGAGCCAAUCAGAGUGAGCUACCACCGCAACAUCCACUACAACUCGGUGGUGAACCCCAACAAGGCCACGAUCGGGGUCGGCCUGGGACUGCCUGCCUUCAAACCCGGGUACGCGGAGCAGUCUCUGAUGAAAUCGGCCAUCAAGACGUCGGAGGAGUCGUGGAUCGAGCAGCAGAUGUUGGAGGACAAGAAGAGAGCGACGGAUUGGGAGGCCACCAACGAGGCCAUCGAGGAGCAGGUGGCCCGGGAGUCCUACCUGCAGUGGCUGCAGGACCAGGAGAAACAGGCCCGACAGCCCCGUAAGGCCAGCGCCACCUGCAGCUCGGCGACGGCUGCAGCCUCCAGCGGACUGGAUGACUGGAGUGCCAGGUCGCCACGGCAACGAGACUCUGACCCCUCCUCCCACUCCGACCUCACGACUGCACCGUCAACCAACAACAACAACAAGCCCCCCUCCCCCGCCGGAGCCGCCCUCAUCCUGAGCAAACCCCCCUCCCCCUGCGCGCCAGGUCCCAGUAAUCAGAGUCGUCAUCAUUUGGAGUACAGAGCCAUCAUGCAGGAGAUGUCACCUACAGCAUUUGGUCUGACAGACUGGGAGGACGAUGAGAUCCUGGCGUCGGUGCUGGCCGUCUCUCAGCAGGAGUACCUGGACAGCAUGAAACACCAGAGCGCCGCCAUGCAUCGAGAGAGAGAGCCGUCACCUGACAGCAGCUGAUAACCGGCCGACACGCCACAACGCACACACACACACACCGACACAACCACGACCUUUGACCUCCCCCUCUGCCAUGCUGACCCCUCCGCCCUCCCACCUCUGACCCACAGAAGGAGAUCGACCAGGGAAAAAAUAAAACAUCCAACAAAGAAAUGCACACUCGUUUUUUUUUUUUCUCCAACUCAUCUGCUCAUAUCUCUCUCCGUUCUGUCGUCUCCUCUUCCCUCUUUCCCUCCCUUAUUUCCUCCCUCCCUCUCCCCCAUAACACCCUGCUUCCAGCCAAUCGUGAUCCAAACAACCCCCACUUUUCAUUUUCCAGAGGGAGCUCGGUCUUACUGCUGAUUUGGGAUCAGUUCUGACAUUUAAACAUCAGAUUUGGCAGCUUUCAACUUCAUCUGUUUCAAUUUUUAUCUUUUGCUUCGUUCUCAGAAUCGCACUGAUGAUUCUGUUUGUAGUGGGAUAUUAGCUCUGCGGCUAACAGGGCCAUUUGUUUGAAUUAGAAAUGCUAAUCAGAACUGAAAAGAUGACAGGUGCUGUACAUCAGUGUUCUGAGUGCUAAGUUAGCAUUAAGUCUAAUUCCUGCUAACACCACCAACAAGCCACACUGUUGUUAGCUCAAUUACAGAUAGCAAAAUUUUUCUCUCGUAGCGCCCACAGGCAGCCAUUUUGUGUGAGGAAUGCUAAUCCCAUUAAUCAGAAGUGAAAAAGACGACCUCUCUAAAGACACUGCGAACUAUCACCUGAUGUCUUACUGUGUUAAAAACUAGUUUCUCCUCACAUAGCUAACGCACUGCGCUGUUGGUAGCUGGCUGUGUAUAACUAUAUUUUUUCUCGCUCAUUUCUGCUCAAUUUGUGUGAGGAAUCAAAAUUCAAAAAUGUGUAUCCUAAAAGCUUAUUAGUGUCCUUUAGGCUAAGUUAACAUGCUCUUUAGUAAGCAAACAAUCACCCAAAGUCUUACUGUGUUAAAAAGUUAGUCCCAGCCAACAUCACAUAUGGCUAGCUUAGCUGCCUAUCGUGAAUUUUUUCCUGCUUGUUCUCACUCACGUAGUUCUCACUAGCAGCCAUUUUUGUGGGAAAUAAAGGACUACAAAUGUCGACUAAACCUCCUGUAAUAAUGUCCUGUAGGCUACAUUAGCAUGGUCUUUAGCAAGCUAGCUUUUACCUGAAAUCUUGCUGUGUGUAACUCCUGCUAAUGUAGCCUGUAGCUCAUCAUGUAAUGAUUACACGCACAAAAUGGCUGCUAGUCGGAGUUACGAGAGGAGUGAGAAUUAGCGGGAAAAGAUUUUGCUAUUGACAGUUAACAGCAUCACAGCUUGUUAGCAUUUUAUUUUUUAACUUAGUCUACGGCAUUCACAGUGUUACAAAUGGUUACUUAGUGGGCGAUAGCAAAAUUAUUCACGCUCAUUCUUACUCCUCUUACUCCAUUUUGUGAGAAAUGCUAUAACUGGAAAAAAAACUGACCAGCCUGUGGCGUAUAGCCUCUGUUAGCAUGCUCUUUAGCGAGCAGGCUAUCACCUCAAGUCUUAUUAUGUUUUUAAACUGGCUCCUGCGAUUUCCAGGUUUCUUCAGUUAGCUUAGCCAUCAAUAGCAAAAUCAUUUCCCCAUCAUUAUCACAGCUCCACUGGCAGCCAUGUUGUGUGACCAACACACAUUUGUUGUCUGAGAAGUAAAACAGCCAGCAGUGAUUUCACAGUCUGUAACACCUCCUCCCUCUUUCUCCUUCUUGUCUUCCUCCUCCUCUUCCUCCUCCUUCAUCAUCGUCAUCAUCAUCAUCAUCAUCAUUGGACUUAUUUAGCUGCAUGUUUAAUUGACCACGACCAAUAUCAUCAUAGAGAAAAAGCGACAAAUAAAAAAAGGAGAGAAAAAAAUAGAGAAUUGUCAUACUUAUCCCCUUAAUGAUUGAUUACUAUUGUUGUUAUUAUUAAUAAUAUAAGUUUGUUUUAUUUUAUUUUCUCAUUUGGGAUGAAAAGACCUUUUUUUUCUUGGAAUAAAAAGAGGAAAAUGUUUCUGAAAAAAAA